AAAACAGUGAAGUGCUAUGUGACACUCUCACCCACUGUCUUUCAUUUUUCCUCAUUAUCCCUUUCUCUCCCUCCUCCUACAUUACAAUCUCUUCUUCUCAUUCUUCCUUCAUACGUGCAACAAAAAUGACCAAGAUCUUCGUCUUGCUUCUGAGUCUCAUCUUAGCAGCUUCUGCCUCUGUCAAAUGCUAUGUUGUUGAGAAGGAAAACAUAAGAAUAUUUGAGCUUAAGAAAGGUGAACUUUCUUUGAAGGUCACCAACUGGGGUGCAUCAAUUGUGUCCCUCUUUCUCCCUGAUAAGAAUGGAAAGUUGGGUGACGUUGUUCUUGGAUACGAUUCUCUUAAGGAUUACACUAAUGAUACAACAUAUUUUGGUGCUACUGUUGGCCGGGUAGCCAACAGAAUUGGAGGAGCUCAGUUUACUCUAAAUGGAAUCCAUUACAAAUUAGUUGCCAAUGAAGGAAACAACACACUUCAUGGUGGAUCCAGAGGAUUUAGUGAUGUUCUUUGGAAAGUGGAAAGGUAUCAAAAGGAAGGUCCAAGUCCUAGAAUCACUUUCAGUUACCACAGCGUUGAUGGUGAAGAAGGAUUCCCUGGUGAUGUGACUAUAAGUGUGAGCUACAUUCUAAGUGGGAAAAACCAAUUGGUUAUACUUAUGAAAGGAAAAGCUCUGAACAAACCAACUCCAUUGAACUUGGCCAACCAUGCUUACUGGAACCUAGGAGGCCAAAACAGUGGCGACAUUCUGAACGAGGUUGUGCAGAUAUUUGGUUCACAAAUCACAGUUGUUGACAGCAAACUCAUUCCCACAGGAAAAUUUGCUUCUGUGAAAGGAACAGCUUAUGAUUUCCUUAAGCCACAGAUUAUUGGAAGCAGGAUCAACCAGCUGGCUGAAACCAAAGGUUAUGACAUCAACUAUGUGCUGGAUGUUGAGAAGGGAAAAAAGAAGAAACUAGCAGCUAUAGUGCAGGAUAAGAAAUCUGGAAGAGUGUUGGAGCUGUAUACAAAUGCUCCUGGUUUGCAGUUUUACAGUGGUAACUAUAUCAAGAAUCUGAAGGGGAAAGGUGGAUUUGUAUACAAUGCUCAUGCAGGACUGUGUUUGGAGACUCAAGCCUUCCCUGAUUCUGUGAAUCAUCCUAAUUUUCCUUCGACAAUUGUGACCCCAGAAAAGCCUUACAAUCACUAUAUGCUCUUCAAGUUUUCCACCAAAACUCACUAUUAGUUUAGAGAGACACGAGGAGUCAUGUUUCUCCCAAUUUCAGUUUACCACGCUAAAUCAAUGUAACCGUUAUAAAUCUGGAUUUCGUCCAUAUAUUGUAGCCAUUACAAUGAAUAAUUUAGUGUUCUCUCUCA